GGACCAAACAAGCUCAGCCUCUGUGUUGGCAACUGCAUCACAAGCUGGUGUCACAGACUGCCCGCCACACCCCUGCUUCUUCCUCAGGGGUGUGGAAGGGGGUUGUCCUGGUACCUGGGAGGGAAGAGGAGUGGGGCUGGGGAAGGUGAGGUGUUUCACGUGAAUGAGCACGAAAGGGGCGGAGUUGGGCCCCCUGGAGGCUGCCUGGUCGCCUAGCAACGGCUCAGCUAGGAAACAUGGAGCCUGUGGCUGACCGGGAGCUUCAGGCCAAGCUGUAUUUAGAAAGACAUCGGAUCAUGGAAUUGCUGAAUCAACUUACUAGCUUCCUCCUCUUUGCCCGACCAAAAAAACCAAGAGAGUAUUUAAUCUCUCUUUUGGAACGUCUGAGAGUUGCCAAGGCAACACACGUGGCAUUUCCCUACUUUAUGGACAACUCUAACACUGUGUCCAUGUUUGAGAUGAUGGACAUGGCCGGCAGAGGCUGCAUAUCAUUUGUGCAGUAUAAAGAAGCCCUAAAAAACUUGGGUCUGUGUACUGCAGAUGAAGUUUUGAAUGAUGAUGGACAUAUAAUCACUCUGGAUACAUUCAGGGAUGAAAUGAACAAGAGGAUGGAAAAAAUGUGGUCAAUGUUUUAGUGGCAUUGUAGCUCAAGAUAAUAAAUGGUCCUACCACGUU